CCUGAGGCACGUGACGGCAACCGAGCGUCCUGGUUUGCUAUGUUAGCCUGUUAGCUUGCAGAGUUGUCUGAUGGAGUUUGAAUGAAAGAAAGUCUCGGGUGGAUUUUUUUUUUCCUUUCGGUUUUGAUAUUUUAGUGUAGUUUAGUUUUUAUUUUAAGCGGUUUCGAGAUGUUUCUGAGUAGAAAGUUGCUGAAACUCGUGGUGUUUGUCGGAGUGUUGGUGUUAGUCAGACAGUACUUACAGUACUGGUUAGCUAAUAAACAGUAUGUGUUUACAAAAGAGGACGUGGCUAAACUCGCCAAACAGUACGCAGAUCCUGUAGGUCAGGAUCACGAACAGGCUUUCUCUAAAAUAGUGGUGAAGUUGCGGAAACACUACCCAGGCCACAUCCUGCCUGACGAGGACCUGCAGUGGGUGUUUGUAAAUGCCGGGGGUUGGAUGGGCUCCAUGUGUUUGCUCCACGCUUCCCUCACUGAGUACGUGCUGCUCUUCGGGACAGCCGUUGAUACAAGUGGACACUCUGGUCGAUAUUGGGCUGAAAUAUCCGACACGGUCAUUUCUGGGACUUUCAGGCAAUGGAAAGAAGGAUCGACUAAAAGUGAAAUUUACUACCCAGGUGACCUAAUCGUGCACUCGGUGGGCGAGGCGACCUCGGUGCAGUGGACUGCAGGGACCUGGAUGGUGGAAUACGGCAGAGGAUUCAUUCCAUCCACGCUGGGUUUUGCACUCGGAGACACUGUGUUCAGCACACAGGACUUUGUAACACUCUUCUACACGUUUCGCGUGUACAUGAAGUGUCUGCUCCUGGAGGCCAAUACUUUCCUGACGGAAGCUGGUGUCUUCUAAAGACCACAGUGAUCCUGUGGGGCUGUUGUACUGCUCCGGUGCCUCCUGUAACAUAACGGACUGAUGUGGAAGAGAACAGACAAUCUGAGCUUCUGUAUGAGCCAAGUGUGAGAUGGUUCUCGUAACAUAAAUGACAUCAAGAGUGUUCGUCUAUCCUACUGUCGGGGGGGGAAAAGUCUUAAUUGUUAGUCAUUGUACAUUAAAAUCCAUCAGGUGUCGGAACACAAUUGUUCAUUAAUUACACUUGCUUAAUUACAAAUACCUCACGGAGCACCUUCGACUGUGAAGAUCUUAUGUGUUGCUGCAGGAAUUACUGUCACUGGAAUGUUGUUUUGAAUUGUUUGUGGCAAUCAUAUCUGCCCAGGCUUUCUUUCUCCACAAUAAAACUUUGUACUGUUC